AUGCAGUACGUCCGAAGCAUCAGUGGUUCCGUCUCGAAAACAUGGAACUCGAUCAACCCCGCAACCCUUAGCGGCGCCAUCGACGUGAUCGUGGUGGAACAGGAGGAUGGCACACUGGCAUGCUCGCCCUUCCACGUCCGCUUCGGCAAGUUCUCGCUGCUGAGGCCCUACGAGAAGAAGGUCGAGUUCCAGGUGCAUGGCGUCAAGCAGGAUUAUGCCAUGAAGCUGGGCGAGGGGGGAGAAGCCUUCUUCGUCUUCGAGACCAGCGAUACUAUCCCAGAGGCGAUGCAGACCUCGCCGCUGGUCUCCCCGGCUUCGAGCCCGCCCUUGCCUCCGGAUAGCACGAGUGUUUCGCAUCUGAGCGAGCCGGAUUUCCUGGACCUAGACACUACGACUGGGAAGCAAAGAUCCGCGAGUGUGACGAGACCCGGCGUCGCUGUCCUUUCAAGCUCUGUAUCCAGGAGAACAAGCAAUCUGAAUGCCUCAACCCCUCAUUCUGACUCUCCGGACUUUUCUCAUGGCCGGCCCCUCUCAGGAGACUGGGCUGGAGUUAUGAGUGGUCGCUCAAAUACGGAUGAAGUCCUCCCAUCCUCUGCACGGAAAAAUGGCGAGGACGCAGCAGAACGAGAACGGCAGACGCGGUCCCUUACGCCAGGUCUCCUCGACGGGACUGACCGAUCCUACAGCCCCCCACCUCUCCCUACCAAAGAAGCGAUCCAGCGCGCUGUUGCACUGUCAGAGAGGCUCUCAGCAUCCAACAUUCCCAGCCAGGUUACAGAUACGGGAGAUCUGAUGCUGGACAUGACGGGGUACAAGAGUUCCGAUGACGAUGCGCUCCGGGCAGAAGUGAUUGCGAGGAAGAUAUUGUCUGAAGAAUUAGAAGGAAACUAUGAUAUUGGGGCUUUGAUAGGAGCUGAUGAGCACGGCAACCUAUGGAUUUAUAGCAGUGAGGAAGCCAAGGAGGCAGCAAGUCAACGAGCCGCAAUGGCAGGCAUUCCGAACGAUGCCGUAUCCGACCCCGGAUAUCACAGCGAUGCAGAAAGCGAGAGGGCCAUGCCCGCCAUUUCAUCUCGUCACCGAACUGGAUCAGAUCUGGGCUUCCAAACCCCUCCGAAGACCCCUCCUGGAGCUGCCGGUGAUCCCAACCGAAAUUAUGCCAAGACACUGCGGCUGACCAGCGACCAACUCAAAACCCUCAACCUCAAGCCCGGGCCGAAUCCGAUGAGCUUCACUGUCAACCGAGCAACUUGCCAAGCGUACAUGUACCUCUGGCGCCACGAUGUCCCUAUUGUGAUCUCUGACAUCGACGGGACAAUCACAAAAUCGGAUGCCCUCGGCCACGUGCUGAACUAUGUCGGUCGUGAUUGGACACACAUCGGAGUCGCGAAGCUCUACACCGACAUUGUCAAUAAUGGGUACAACAUCAUGUACCUGACAUCACGCUCUGUUGGUCUAGCCGACACGACAAGAGCUUACCUCAACGGUGUGGCCCAAGAGGGUUAUCGACUGCCGAGAGGACCAACACUAAUGAGCCCGGAUCGGACCGUUGCUGCACUGAGAAGAGAAUUGUACAUUCGAAAGCCGGAAGUCUUCAAGAUGGCUUGUCUACGAGAUAUCAAGAAUCUGUUUGGUCCGGACCGCACGCCGUUCUGUGCUGGAUUCGGAAACAGGCUUACGGAUGCGCUGUCGUAUCGAUCGGUCAGCAUCCCCAGCAACCGUAUUUUCACCAUCAACAGCUAUGCCGAGGUGUCACUGGAUCUAGUAAACUUGAAUAAGCUAAGAUACAGCUACAUCAACAUGCGCGAGGUCGUCGACCACUACUUCCCACCUGUGAGCACGCUCGUCAAAGGUGGCGGCGAGGAGUAUACCGAUUUUACCUACUGGCGCGAACCGGUCCUCGACAUUGAUGAAUUCAGCGACUCGGAAAGCGACGAGAAAGACGGCAACAAUGCCGAUAAUAUCUCCGAAGAAGAGGAAGAAGAAGACGACGAUGAAGAGGAGGGCAAUGAUGAUUUGGGGGACUCGUACAUGUCGCGAGACUCCUUUGACGAUGAUCAUGACGAGAAUGGUCUUGACGAGAGCAUUUUGUCUGGCUCAGGAGAUGAGGACGAUGCAAUGACAAAUAGCGCACUGGAAGCAGCUGAUGGUGUCGGUUUUGAGGAUGAUACCGGAGACGCCAAGACGGCGGCACAGAAUUCUAGCGCCUUACCUUCGGUAUCCGAGUCCCCAGCUGAGCUCCGACGUGAAGUCUCGCAGCGAGAUGUCGACGCCGAGGUGAUCACGGGAGUCAAAGGCCUCGGCCUCGAGCGGGAGGAGUCGGAUGACAAGAAAGUGUGA